AACGUCAUUCAUAAUAUGAACACAUUGUUCAAACUGAUAUUAUUUACUUUUUCUAGGCCGUAUUGAAGACUCUACGAAAGUUUUUUUUACCAGGAGCAGGCUUAGACAAGUCCGUACUGAAGGGAUCCGUCACAGCUAUAUUUACAGCUACAUCAACUUCCUCGUCUCCCGAGCGCAAUCUUACGGCAGUCAAUACAAAUAAGCUGCAGCUUACUUCAGUCAUGCAAGACCUCGCUCAAGAAUAGAGCACUGUAUCGCAUUUGAAGAAAGAAUACAUUCUUCAAAAUGUCUGGAAAUCAUUUUCCGGCAAUUUGUGGAAUAUUUGUUAUACUGACAUGUGUUUCUUCAAGUUUUAUUAACUUUGAACCGGGAUUUGAGUACCAGUACAAGUAUGAUUCCAACGCAAAUGUGAAAAAUCUUGGAGAUUUUCAAGUAUUAGCCAAGAUCGGCUACAUCAACGUCGGUGACAGCGGCAACGGACAAGAGAUCUACGUGAAGGUGUAUGCUCUUCAGCUGAAGACCAAACACUCACAAGAUACCAUUGGCCAUCAUUUGGACUUCUCGAAAUGGUUCUCGUUUGUGAUCACGUCCCGUGGCGAGAUUCUCCACGUCUACCACCCUCCCGACGACGACGACGAAGCUGUUGCCAUGAAGAAAGGAGCUGCCGCCAUGUUCGCGUCUCGUCUACACCACGCUACUGAGGAUCAUGUCCAUGCAACUGACGACGGCUGGGGUUAUCACGUGAGAGAAACUGGACAUGAGGGUCCUCACAACGCCACCUACUCUGUGCGGCCAACUCACACAGGUCACGUGUUCACCAAGACGAGAUAUCCGGGUCACCACCCCGUCACGCACGCAACAUCAGAUUAUACCAAGACGCUGUAUUACGACACUGCCCUUGGAACAAUGCACACCAUUCAAGUGGAGGAGAAGUUCCGGGUUAUGCAUAAGACUGCAGAAGGAUAUGACCCGUAUGAAAACAGUCGUCCAGUCAAGGCGGUCAACAACUUCACAGAAAUGGAAUUACCCGAGAUGUCAGCGCAAGGUUCAGGAAAGCUGGUGUUCCUCAGAAAACACAAGGUUGACAGUAUUCCCAGCAGACCAAAGACAAACAUCAACAGGGCGUCCAUACAUAUCAAAGAGGUGAAGCGCAAGAAGACAGCAGUCAAUGUGAAGGAGUACCUGCAGUAUGUGAAGGGGAACCUCACAUGCAUGCGAAACGAGCCAGAUAAAGGUUCGAAGAAGUUGGACAAAUGCUUCACUGAACUUGUUGCCGUUCUCCGGGACUUACCUGACAAACAGUUGGCUAUCCUUGCCAGACAGUACCUGACCGACAGGCCGAGACUGACUAAGACCUUCAAGGACCAGAACCACAUGUUUGAUGCUAUCGCUGGUCUGACCACAGACCUGUCUCAGCAGCUCCUGCUGGACCUUGUCCUUAACAGAUCCAGACCCGACUCCUCCCUGGUGAUGAGACUCAUGCUCCACAUCGUCUCCUUUGAUGAACCACCAAUAGACGGUAUCAUCACAAAACUGAAGAGCCUGUGUUUUGAGCGCGAGAAGGCCCCUGUGACUCUACAAGAACACAAAACAUAUCACAGGAUUGUGCUGGCGUUGGGAGCGGUUGCUAGGCGACUAUUGGACGCUGGGAGGAAGGAGGAGGCGGUUGAUAUUGUCAUGAAGUUUGAGGGAUGGCUUGGAUUACAUGAUCCCUGGCUUUACCGCACGAAACGAUCUACUAUGACAGAAAUUGAAGUCCUUAAUGACGACCGCUGGAGAGUUAUUUUACUGGGAUCUCUGGGUAAUGCUGGUCUCGACCAAUCAUUUGAGAUGAUUGUGUCACAUGUCAACACAACCAACUCUCAGUGGGUGAAGCGGGCUGGGAUACACGCCAUGAGGAAGUACCAUCAUGAAGGGGCAGCACAUCUGAUGUUGAAGACAGCCCUGUACGAUGACGACGAGAAGGUGCGAUAUGAAGCCCUCCUACAAUACCAGGCUCACCCAAAAGCAGCAAAAAUAGCCCCCAUGUACAGAGAAGAAGGUCACAUGAAUGGAUCCAUUUUUCACGUGGAUCCUCGCUAUGUUGGCAAACGGGACAUUGAAGUACACCAUCGACGUAAAAGGGACAUCGGUAAGAUCGAGUUCAGACUGGCCUCACCGUACGUAGACUGGAAGAAGAUGAUUGGAACCACAACAGUUGGAGCUUCCUUUGGACUCCUCAUGAACAACGCUUUAGACUUCAAGAUAGCACCUUUGAGCGGACACAUGAGAGUGAACGUCUACGAUGAAGCCUAUGCCCGCAUCCACCUUGGUUUCAUGGGCAAGAAUCUGGAAUUCUUUCUGGCGAGGAUCUGCUUCAAGGGAGGAGCUUCUUACAACCUGAACAUGCUGCAGGAGUAUGGCGUGGACAACCUCCAGAAACUGGUUGAACUCUACGACGCUGUCAAGGGUGAUGCUGCUGGUGGUAUAGGGAGAGGUCUGGAUCUCUUCAAGAGAAUCAUCGAUGGGUAGUUCUCGCUUACUGACAUGAUAGAAGAUUUCAAAAAGGCGCUGGAGGAGCUUCCAGAUAAGGUUGUGAGUGUUGGAAAGAAGGCAUCAGAUGCUAUGGCAGUCCUUGGUCAGCUGGACGAGAAACAGUUGCCUCCCUUUGCUAAA